GCGGUUCAGUGUGCACGCCAGUCACUAUAGUGGACGGAGAACAAGGAUGAAAUUAUUGCCAAGCCUCCUAGCGCUGGCCUUGGCCUGUGGCUUGGUGUCAGCCCAGUUCGAUACUCAUCAAUGGGCCGGCCGUAGCGGUAUCGUACACUUGUUCGAGUGGCGAUGGAAUGACAUUGCCGACGAGUGCGAGCGGUUUUUGGCGCCGAGAGGUUACGCCGGCGUCCAGGUUUCACCGCCAACGGAAAACGUCAUCAUCUCUGGACGACCUUGGUGGGAACGCUAUCAACCGGCUUCCUAUCAUCUGAAUACCCGCUCCGGAACGGAGGCUGAGUUCGCCAGCAUGGUGAGACGGUGCAAUACGGUCGGAGUGAGAAUCUACGUGGACAUCGUUAUCAAUCACAUGGCGGCGGUUUCCGGCACUGGUACCGGUGGUUCCGUGGUUAACGGAUUGAACUUCCCUGCUGUGCCCUAUGGACCCAACGACUUCAACCCGUGGUGCGAAAUCAACAAUUACAACGACCGCUAUCAGGUGCGUAACUGCUGGCUAGUUGGACUGCCGGAUUUGGCACUUGGAAAUGAUUGGCCUCGUCAUAGGGUCAUCGAUUUGAUGAACAAGUGCAUCAACUACGGUAUUGCUGGAUUCCGCGUAGAUGCCGUGAAGCACAUGUGGCCAGGAGAUCUGGAGUACAUCUACCGUAAUCUGGUGACUCUGAAUACCGAUCAUGGAUUCCCGGCGGGAGCUAGAGCUUUCCUGACUCAGGAGGUCAUUGAUUUGGGAGGCGAAGCGAUCUCCAGCACGGAGUACACUCACCUAGGAACGGUCACCGAGUUCAAGCAUUCAGCAGAAAUUGGACGUGUAUUCUACGGACGUGACAGACUAGCUCAUCUAUCGAACUGGGGCGAGGGCUGGGGAUUCCUUCCAUCGCACUUGGCGCUGGUAUUCGUCGAUAAUCACGAUAACCAACGUGGACACGGAGCCGGAGGCGACAACAUCCUCACCCACAAGUCCUUCAGGAACUACAAAAUGGCCACCGCCUUCAUGUUGGCUCAUCCGUUUGGAAUCGUUCGCGUCAUGAGUUCGUUCUUCUUCGAGCAUGGUGAUCAGGGACCGCCGCAGGACGCCAACGGUAACCUGAUUCCUCCGUCGAUCAACCCCGACAACACUUGCGGUAAUGGAUGGGUUUGCGAGCACCGUUGGCGUCAGGUUUACAACAUGAUUGGUUUCCGCAAUGCCGUUGGCAACACGGCCAUCAGCAAUUGGUGGUCCAACGGCAACCAGCAGAUUGCGUUCUGCCGUGGUACCCAUGGAUUCGUGGCGUUCAAUCUGGAGGGAUCGGACUUGAACCAGAACCUGCAGACGUGCCUACCGGCGGGAACUUACUGCGAUGUCAUUUCGGGCAGCAAGGAAGGAACCAGCUGUACCGGUGGCACUGUGCAGGUGGGCGCUGAUGGACGGGCGAACAUCCUGAUUCCGUUCAAUGCGUACGAUGGUGUGCUGGCAAUCCAUAUCAACGCUAGGUUGUAAGUUGUUAGAGCAAUAAACGAUUUUCUUUUUCGUGAAA